UUUCCCGGCAGCCCCCGCGCCUGACGCUGGCUCUUAAGGUUGCGCGCUGAGGUCGGGGCGGUAAAGCACGUCACGCACAGGCCGGCUGGAGGAAGAUGGCGGCUCCGGGGGAAUACUUCAGCAUCGGCUCCCAGGUUUCGUGCCGGACCUGCCAGGAGACGCGGUUGCAGGGCGAGGUGGUAGCGUUCGACUACCAGAGCAAGAUGUUGGCGCUCAAGUGCCCAUCAAGUAGUGGAAAACCCAACCAUGCUGACAUCCUCCUGCUCAACCUGCAGUACGUGUCUGAGGUAGAGGUGCUGAACGAUCGCACACAGACACCCCCGCCUCUAGCCUCCCUCAACAUUAACAAGCUGGCAAGCAGAGCCCGGUUGGAGAAGGAAGAGAAGAUGAGCCAGGCUUAUGCUAUCAGUGCUGGGGUCUCUCUGGAAGGACAGCAGCUAUUUCAGACCAUUCAUAAGACGAUAAAGGACUGUAAAUGGCAAGAGAAAAAUAUAGUUGUUAUGGAAGAGGUAGUUAUCUCUCCACCUUACCAAGUGGAAAACUGCAAAGGAAAGGAAGGCAGCGCACUAAGCCAUGUUCGCAAAAUAGUUGAUAAACACUUUAGAGAUUUGGAAAGUCAGAAGGGGCUGCAGAGAAAUGCAAUCCAACCAUCACAGAAGGAAACCAGCACGUCCUCCUGAGCCCUCAGCCACGUCGGCCUGGCUGCCCCUGAGCUGCCUGCUCUUUAUUCCACUAUGGUGGGAUCCGUGAAAAGAGUUGGUGGAAGGGGUGGUUGACAUGGGGAUGGGGCAAGCAGGGCUGGAUCGGGGUGGUAUUGGGUAGCUUUUUAUUCCCGGACUAGUCCCUCUCAACCCCUUCCUACAAUGGCCUCCUCAUUCCAGGGUUUUGUAUUGAGGGGGUUGAGGGGAUGCAGAGCUAUGGAGGACCCCAUGGGGACCCCCUAUUCCCCUCAAUUUUUUAUUUUUUCUUAUUUUCCAUUUGCCGGUCCAGUUCAGAAUUUUCCUGAGGUUGUGUUUCUCCCGCAACAGUAUUGUUUUCCUAACUUUUUUUUUUUUCCCCUCUCGAAAUAUUUACUUUAUUUGUGUUGCAUUUCUCAUCUCUGUUCUGUUGCUGGAGGAAACCCUCAACCCUUGCUCAGCCGCUGGGGCAGAGCAGUGCUUGGCAUAGCUGCCUCUGGCUGUGAAAGGGUUAUAAAAUUGCCUGUAAAAAGGAGAAAAAAAAAGAAAUUAAAAAAAAAAAGAAAAAAAAAACAAAAACAGAAAAUAAAAACGAAAAAACAAA